AUGGGACACGCGCACUACAGCUCCACGCCCCCUCACCAAAUCAAUGCAGUGGCGACACGUGGGGAGGAGAGCGUGGGAGAUGUGGUCGUGUUGGAAAUGAUGGAGAUAGAAAGGCAGCAGAAAAGCUUGGAGGUGGUGGAGGCACAACAAAGCCCAUCUUUAGCUAGACAUGUACUACGCAGCAGCACAUCCAAUGAGGAAAUGGAGGAAGUGGGUUCUUUCUACGAAAUCGAUCACUCGAGGUUGCCUCCUGAUUCACCGUCUCAACUCUAUCCUUGUCGCGUUGUCAUGGUGAGUGAGAAGACUGAACAUAACGUGUCAGUGAGGUUUCCAAGCAGGCUGUCGAUCCGCGAACACUUCAGGGACAAAGCCGGUGGGGAAGUGAACGGAAAAAUGUACCCUGCACUGGAUGAGAAGUGGGAAAUGGGGUUGAAUAUCGCGGGCCAAGUGCUUUCCCGGCAGAUCCCAACUGACGAAUUUUCUGAGCAAAGAAAUUUACCCAGCUUCUGGUCAGUGCAGCAGCUAGAAACUGAGAAAAUCUCCAUCCCAGCAAGUGAUGGUGAGUUGGGAGAUUUGACAUCUAAGAAGGGUAUGUGCUGGUCUGAGCUAAAAUGUGAAGGGCUAGUGAAGUGGGGUAUGCGCCGGAAAGUUAGGUUCAUCAGCCGAUAUUUUGAGGACAACUCGGAACAUCUGACAAGUGAAGUUAAGGAAGAAGAGAAAGGAGAUGAGGAAGAGACGGAAGACGCUGCUAAAUUUGACAUGCCAGAGACAAGGGGGAGCCGGAAGAGAAAGCGGCAUACUUUCAAUCGUACUCAAAAAGCUAAACGUGAAAAGCAACAGCGAAGCAGUGGUUACACUGGAAGAAUACUAAAGAACUCCAAGGAUAGAUGGUCUGCGGAAAGGUAUAAAAUCGCGGAAGAGAAUAUGUUAAAGAUACUAAAAGCUAAAGGUGCGGUGUUUGGCAACCCAAUUCUACGACCAGAAUUAAGACAAGAAGCUCGCAAAAAGAUUGGUGACACGGGUUUAUUAGACCACCUGUUGAAACAUAUGGCAGGGAAGGUGGCUCCAGGUGGUGCUGAGAGAUUCCGACGGCGUCACAAUGCGGAUGGGGCAAUGGAGUAUUGGUUAGAAAGUGCUGAUUUAGUUAGUAUCAGACGUGAGGCUGGGGUGCAAGAUCCCUACUGGACCCCACCACUAGGGUGGAAGCCUGGUGAUAGCCCUACUCAAGACCCCGUCUGUGCUAAGGAGUUAAAGCGGCUCAAACAAGAGAUGGCCCAAAUGAAGAGGUGA